AUGUUUCUCGUAGAAGUCACUGAUGACGACGUCACCGUGGGAAAUGGCCUUAUAGCACAGCAGAAGUUUCAAAAGGGUGCUCUGAUCCUCGAACAAGACCCAAUCCUGCUAUGCAACACACGAAAGCCGUUCGAGACAUGGGAUAGAGAGGCCAACAUCUUCUACGACGAAGAGGCUGCGGGGACUACGGCAAUCUUAGCGACCGCGUACUCAAAGCUAAGCUGGGAAGAUCAAGGAGCCUUCCGCGAGCUCUAUACUUCAAAAACCAGGGGUACAGACGUCGAGCACAUCGUAGAUCGUUGUCGAUAUAACGCUUUCAGGUACCGCUUAGGCACUGAUGCGGACGCUACCACUCGCAUGGCUGUGUAUCGCACGAUCUCCUUUGCGAACCAUUCCUGCAUCCCCAACGCGGUAGUCUACAUCAACAAAAGCAACUCAUAUCCGCGUGGCCAAGCCCGACUGGUCGCUACACGCGAUAUACCCUCUGGUGACGAGAUCUUGAUCAACUACAUCCCGGAGGCUUGGCAAGAAGGCAGGGCCACUCGCCAAGCAAAGCUGAUGCUAGGCUGGGGCUUCGACUGCUGUUGCGAAGCAUGCGGGGAUGACGAUCUUGAGCCAGACACGUCAGAGCGAACUUUGUGUAGAUGGUAUGAUACGUGGCAGGAUGGCAUAAUCGCCGCCAGGUUCCGCAUCCACAUUGCCAUACUGCACGAGCUGGGUAUACGUGACAAGGCGCUUUCCUCAGCAUUCCUCCAGCUUAGGCACCGUCACUUUGGGGUAAAGGAGUACAAAGAAGCAGUGCGUGCCGCUCUAAGUGGUUUGCUCGUUGAGCAGCACUUCUAUCAGAAAGUACACAACGACCAGCUACUCAGCUUGUACUCGGACUGUGCUCUCAAGGAUAACAGCAUGCAUCCGGAGCAUCAAUAA